AUGCAGGGAAAGGUUGUCGGUAUUAUUCAACUGUCUGCUUUAAUGGUUCCAUCACGCUGCUCUCUUCAUGAUCUGGCUUCGCUAUCGCCAGAUCCCUCAAUUCACGACCACGACCCAGAUGGCUGGCAAAUCAUUGAUAAUGGAGAUCCGCGCGACAAUUUCUACAAUGAUCUGCCCUUGGCUGAUGGCAAUUACUGGGUUGGCAAGCUUCAAAAGCAGUCAUCUGCCGCUUUUGCUGAUCGUGAUAAUGUCUACCAAGGCUGGGCUGAUGUACCAGUCUGGUUCCUUUACUGUACAGAUGAUCACGCCUUUCCAGUCAAGAUACAGGAAUCAAUGGUGUCGGGGGCGAUGAAGCUUGGGGCUGCAGUGACAACUGAAUACAUUACCCAUGGACAUAUUCCGUUUCUAAGCAAGGCAGAUGAUACAGUCUACUUCAUCGGCGGCGCUUGA